UAGAUGUUCGACGCCAGACUCUCGCACGUCUCGCUAGGACUUGUCGCACAUUCUCGGAGCUUGCUCUGGAUGUGCUCUGGGCUCACAUAGAUACUCUCAACCCUGUAGUACAAUGUCUCCCCAGGCACGUGUGGUCUCGACAUCGUCACAAUCGUAGUCUGAAGAUAGAUAGUUGCGUUCUGAUUGUUCAUUGGCGGGGCAUCGAAAAGUACCUUAUGAGGGUUCGCGCCCUUGGCAAACUGGGGCGUAGUGCCAUGGGUGACAUCUCCCAGGAACUUGCACAUACCCUCUGCAGUCAUCCCUGGCCUUUUUUACUCCCUGGCCUUGAAAAACUGUUCUGGUCGGACAGUAGCCAUGAAUCUACCCACCUCCUUUCCAACCUUCUCAGCCCCACCCUGACUGAGCUUCAUCUACAUGCGAUGGGUAACCUGUUUAUGCUUUCGGUUUUAUCAAACCUGGGAGUUACAUGUCCCCUCAUGAAAUCCUUCUCCACCACUGGCUCUGAUUCAGCUGCAUCCAUCCCGGUUUCAAAAGCUGUUGUAUGUGGUUGGCACCAUCUCAAGACCCUUAGCACAGAAGCUGUCGAUUGGCGUGCCUUGUCUCAUCUCUCCACUCUUCCAUCCCUUACGAACUUGCAACUCUCAUUUCUAUCACAGAAUAGGGACUCCUCCAAAUACAGGCAGACCACAUUUUCAAACCCUCUUCGCCAUCUCACAAUCCGAGCGCAGAGUUCCGAGCUAUGCGUACCUUUCCUUGAAGCAACGUGGAUACCCGCGAGAAGAGUAUCCAUCUCUCUCGGAAACGUCCCGCGAUCUUCCAGUAACGAAACCUUUCUUUUGCUCCUUGCCUCUCGUGUAACAGCGCAACAAGUGCAAGCUCUCUCACUCGAUUUGACUUGUGAUUCACUGCUUACAAUCAGUGAAAUCAUGCCACUCUGCUCAUUUUGCGCGUUGGAAGAACUAACGCUGCCAGCUCACUCUGCCAACCUUACUAUAAACGACCAAGACCUCGUUAGAGCCGUGAAAUCGUGGCCCAAGCUGAAAAAAUUACGCCUGGGUGACGAGGCCACGUGGGUAACACCAACGCGUCCUCAAAUCACCCUGGAUGGGUUUGCCAGUCUGCUUUUGCAUUGUCCAGACUUGCGAACACUUGGCAUCGGUAUGGACGCCACCUCAUACAGUGUUGUGACACCCGAGGUUCCAGGGGGUGGGGUAACCAAUACCAAGAUCACUGCACUCUCUGUCGGGGCAUCGCUGAUCGACAAUCCAUUGGCUGCCGCUGCCUUCCUCUCCUCCGUUUUACCAAACUUGAAGAACAUUCUGUACACUAAAUUUGAAGUUGUACCACAUCAAACGGAGAGACGACACGAGAAAUGGGCGAGAGCUGCAACGUAUCUGCGAGAUGUGCAUAUGAUCAAGAAGCAGGAGAGGAUUAGAUUGGGGAUUCACUAGGUUCAUGUAGUGCAGAUUUGUAUUCUCACUGUUCGAAGUCGAGUGGUCCCUGACAAUUACAUUACGUAAAUGUGAU